AUGACAGUGGCUCAGUAUGAAGCCAAGUUUGCAGAGUUGUCAAGGUAUGCCCCACAUCAGGUGGCCAUAGAGGAAGAUAGAGUGAUGUUGUUUGAGAAUGGCUUGCGGCCAAAAAUCUAUGCAAAAGUAGCUAUUUCGGAGAUGAAGACAUAUUCUGCAUUGGUAAGCAAGGCAUUACUAGCUGAAAAGGGAGCAGAAGAGGAAAAGAGAGCUGAGGAACAAAAGGCCAAGGAACCACAAAACAAGAGACUUAGGGAGGAGAGACAAGUAGAGCAUCGUGGUGGUGGUAGUAAUCCUAGCAAGAAGCCUUACACCCAAGGUCAGGUUAGUAAUGGCAUGAGGCAGCAGAAUCGGAGGAUUUGUGACAUAUGUGGUAGGUCACAUUCUGUCGAGUAUAAUUGUGAUGGCACAGGUCGAAUAUGCUUCAAGUGUGGCAAGCCUGGGCAUCUCUCUGCACAAUGUAGGUCCAAGGGACUGGGAGGAUCUACACAUUCUUUUGCUGCACCUAAGUUUCUACGUUGUUUGUCUAUUCCUUGUGAGCCUUUGGAUGCAUGUGUUGCUGUGUUUACUCCACUAGGGGAAACAGUAGUAUUAGGGGAUGGAGAUGGGAAAGGGUCUUCUAUUUGUUUUAUUUCUUCCCUUCAGGCUAACAGAAUUUUGAGAAAAGGGUGUCAUGGUUAUUUAGCUUGUGUGGUGAGUACCGAACAACUAGAGCAGAAGUUAGAGGAGUUGCCUGUAGUGAGGGAAUUUGUUGAUGUUUUUCUAGAGGAUCUACCUAAUCUUCCUUCAAAUCGUGAGGUAGAAUUUUCCAUUGACUUGGUCUCCAAUACAACACUUAUCUCUAAAGCACCCUAUAGAAUGGCACCGUUGGAGUUGAGGGACUUACAAACUCAGUUAUAG